AUGAUGGAAGAUACGCUACGCGAGUUUCCAGAGGAGCUGAGAGGCGAUGUAUCCAUGCAUUUACACCGUGAAAUUUUGCAGUUGCCAAUAUUUGAGGCAGCUUCGCAGGGUUGCUUGAAGCUCCUCUCACUGCAUAUCAAAACAAAUUUUUGCGCACCUGGCGAAUAUUUAAUACACAAAGGCGAUGCACUUAACUAUAUUUACUAUCUGUGCAACGGUUCCAUGGAAGUAAUCAAGGACGACAUGGUAGUAGCUAUACUGGGUAAAGGUGAUUUAGUCGGUUCAGACAUAAACGUACAUUUGGUGGGUACGUCAAGUGGGCAAAUGACUGCUACAACAAACAGCGCAGGACAGGAUGUGGUGGUUCGUAGCAGUAGUGAUAUUAAGGCAUUAACCUAUUGUGAUUUAAAAUGCGUUCAUAUGGGCGGAUUAGUAGAAGUACUGCGCUUGUAUCCAGAAUACCAGCAACAGUUCGCUAAUGAUAUACAACAUGAUUUGACUUACAAUUUACGUGAGGGUUACGAAAGUCAAGAUUCAGACAUUGGGCCAUCAUUUCCUUUACCAAGUAUCAGUGAAGACGAUGAAAAUCAACAAGAUGGUGAUGGUGGUAGAGACGACAAUGAUAAUGGUGUGGCAACAGCAACAACAGCUUCUCCGCAUCACAGCAUAACAACACCAUCACCACUAUUAGGACGUUCGCCAUUAUUAGGUAUGAAUAGUCCACGCAAAUUGAAAAUUAUUCAACGUGGUCGUUCCAAAAUUUCAUUGCGAGAACGUGUAGAACGACAACGCUCUUUGAAUGUCAAUUCAAGCAUAGAGACUGGUUCUUUAGAAGAAGACUUAAAUAUUUACGAAGGAGAGGAAGAACUGCGUGAUACAUUUAAAAGACACUCAAUGGAACGUUUAGAUUCACAAGUGUCCACACUGCACCAGGAUGUGGCACAACUUAGUAUGGAAGUACGUAAUGCAAUACAGGCGCUACAAGAAGUCACAUUUUCUACAAUGGCAUCACAAGCCAGUCUGAAAUUCCCACCGGCGCGCUCUAUACCCAAUAUUUGUGGCACCGCAGUAGUGAGCACACACUUUGUUGCUAGCAAUGCAGAUGAUACACAUUUACAACGUUGUUUAUCACAUCCGCCAGAUAUAUGGGGACGUGAAAUGCAUCUACCACUUGCAGCAAGAACUGAACAGGUAAAUGUAUGUAAUUCAAAGCCCGGCACACCGAUCGAUACAACCAAAGUAUCGCGGGGAUGUCAAACAGACUUUUUCAAAAUUGAUAUCGCCACUUUUGAACGAUUUGUAUUGGCAAAUCCACGUUUGGUAUUAGGUUUAUUGGGUAUAGAGCCGACAAUAAAGACUGAAAUGGAUAUGCUACAGCAACAACAAACUUUACAAGUAUCGCCCUUAAAUACAAUCGAAGAAGUCAUUUCUCCAUGUGAUGUACCAGUAAGUAAUUGCAAAGAACGUCGUUCAUCAGAUAGUAACAACAAAACCUUCCCACCAUUGGAUGAUGAAAACUCUAAUUGCUUUCGUUGGACUAUGAAACAUUCUGGUAGCAACAGUAGUUGCUGUCGUUCCACAGAUGAGCUAUUGCCUAAUGAACAUACUACAAAAGCAUUAUCGAAGCAUUCAGUUACAACGAAUCGUUACAAUGAGGAAUUACAAUUAGAGGAAAAGCCCACAGCAAAGGUGCACAUCAUCAAUGAAGAUGAUAAACAUCACAGAACAUCACAACGUAACUCUUUAGUCUGCAGUCAACAUAACAGCAACUCCAGUUUAUCAAGUAAUAGUUCGACACAUUCCAACUUUUCACAACCCAACAAUUCAACGGGCACAAUAGUUCCAACAUCCACUUCAGCUCCAAUUGCAUAUAAUUGCACUUUAACGCGUCGUACUUCUUGGAAAAUGCAUCAUUCACGCAGCGCAGAAUACAAACGACUACCGGAACCUGCGGAAUGCAAUCCACCUACUAAAAGUGUACCGAAUUGUUAUAAGAAAAAAUCCGAUGAACACCUCGAAUUGCUUACGAGCCGACGUAUAUCAGUCACAAAUUUCAGUUCAAACGAUUCUACAAAUCCUACGCAUGUCGUCAACAUACGCAACAACCGUACGCAUUUGGGUGUGAAUGGAACUGGUAAUUCGAAUGGACAAGGCAAUUAUCGCUUUUCCGCAGGUGAUGCAGAUAAAUUAGAAAAAGGACUUAGAGGUUUACAGUCCACGCGUUCACUACGCGAUACUAGCGUCAACUAAAUAACUAAACGAAUUUACCCGCUGUUUCUGUUUGUGCUGAGCUUUGUAAAAACUUAUCGAAUUAUUGACGAAAACAGAAC